AUGUGAUUAUUCUAUCCCAGCAACACAAUGUUGUGAAGUUGUUGUGCAACGUUGUUUAGCACAGUGGGUAUUCACGGAAAUGCGUUUUGAAGAAAAUGUAAGAGAAACGUCGAAAUGUCAAGCGACGAGCCUGCAAGGAAAAAACUGAAAAUGGAACCGCAUAUAGGUGGGGACAACUGUCGUAUGCUGGAGGAAUCGAGUCCACUGAAAGGCACACGUGGAUCGAACCAAAGAGCUGUUUCCGGAUCUGCAAGUGGCGACUCUAGAGAAAGUGGCCACCAUCAGAUAGCAUUUGUCGGAAAGUGCCAAACAAAUCAAGCGGCACACCAUUCGGAAACCUACGGAACUGUGCCACAAGGAUGUGAACUCGGAGAUGUAUGGGAACAUAAAUAUCCAAAACCACUAGGACAACACACCAAAAAGCUUACGCCGAUCAAAACCGGAAAUGCUCACUAUGACAUAAUUAUUUCAGACUUGAAAUUGGUCGGGUACAAUCCGAUUCAGUUAAUAGCGAAGGGGAGAUCCGGUUCAAUCUUACUAGCUCAAGACCUCAGCAAGAACAGAUUCUACGGAGAGCAAGAAUGUAUCCCAGUAGCCAUUAAAUUGAACUCUGGAAAAAUGUCUACAAGGCAAGCAUCUGGCGCGGGCACGUUUACAGAGGAAAUGGCAAUUCUAAAAGACUUGGUACAUCCGUCUAUCAUCUCAUGGAUGGACAACAUCAGUUACCAAGGCAGAAUAGGGAUGGUGAUGGAAUUCUGUGAGAAUGGAAACCUGGACCAACUUCUCCGGAUAAAACAAACACGAUUUUUAGCCGAAAGAGUCUCCAGGAAAUACUUCCGUCAAAUAUUCGAAGGUAUAGAAUAUCUUCAUCAUCAAGGGAUUGCUCACAGGGACAUUUGUACUUCUAAUAUGCUCAUCACAGAAUUCAACACCAUAAAGAUUACUGAUUUCGGCCAUGCCGUACGGUAUAUGACAGGGGAUCCGCUGAGAAAGGACACGUGCGGAUCAAAUGGGUAUCAGGCUCCAGAGAUAAUCUCUAAAGUCCCCUAUAAUCCCCAGUUAUCCGACUGCUGGUCCUUCGGAUGCCUUUUGUAUGUUAUGACGAUUGGAAACUUUCCUUUCGGCCUGAUUCGUUCUGAAAUGAUGUCAAAGUUUUGCAAGAAGACGCCAUUCCCGGACCAGCGCGUGCAGCCACUGUCACCUGAACUCACAGAACUCAUUAACGGUAUGUUACUUUGCGUGCCUGAUCGGCGGUUUUCACUCUCCAGGAUCCGGUAUUCUGCGUGGAUGCAAAUGAACGACAAUGAAAAAGUCCAGAUUGGAAACUUCCAUCUUAUCCGACAACCACGGAAGAUCAAAGAGGGAAACGAAGAGAAAGUCCUCAAGGCUUUGUAUAAGAUAUGAGCCAAGGUUCGGACCCCAUUGUCCGCCUUUUAAGCCGGAUAUAGUUUACCAACAUGAUUGUUUCAAAAUAACCUAACAGUUAUGACAAUGUGUUAAAGUUUAAUGUGUGUGACAAUGUGUAUUUUGUGGAGAACUGUCAGUAUUUAUUAGUUAUGUCAUUAUCGUUGGCAUUGUAUGUUAUUUUUGUUUUUCAGACUUCGUCUUCAUACUGUCGACCCUUUUACCACAACGAACUUGUCACGUUUUAUUAUAUACAUGUAUAACACCUUUGUCAUUCCUUCGCUGCUACAGCUUAGUUUUUCAUUACUGUUCGGGCAUUACAAUUCAAAAAUGUACAGUUUUAUUUCACAAAGUUUUCAUAUAUUUUAAUAGGGUGUUUUGUCAAACUUUAGAACAUAUUUGGUAAAAAUAUUUAAAAUAUCUGUAUAUUGAUUACAGAUUAUGUACAUUCACAUGUUUCAAUAUUUGAACUCCUGUUGAUAUAUUGUAUUUUCAACACUGAACUUUCAACGAUGGAGUUAAUUCGAUAUAAAUAUUUUCUGUGCGAUACCAUAUUUGAUCAUUCCCCGGAAUAUCAUGAAAUAUAAUUAGCAUGACAAUAAACGCACGGGAUGUAUUGUUCAUUAGUUGUAGGCAGUGAUUAACAUUAAUUGUAAUACAUUUUUCAUUUGCA